UCGUGGGUCACCUGCUUUUGAGGGAUACCAUCUAGUCAUAACCGAAAAUGAUAUCGAAAGUACAAACUUGUAGAAAUUUGGAGUAAAUCUAGAUCUAUCAAUGUUUUGCAUCCUGCGCAGUUAUGCUCAAAAGCUCAGGAGCUAACUUCCUUAACUUCAAACAAAUAUCAAAUGAUAAUGAAAGUAGGACCAGCCAAAACGAAUGCCAUUGAUUUUUGUAUCUACCUGUAUUAGUAUCUAAUCUAAGAAUUCACGUAUGGUACAAUAGGACUUAAUAUGGCGACAGCAGAUGAACCUCGUCAAUUGCAAGCACAGCACUUCGUAAUGUGUGAAAACUGUAAAGGGCCUGUAGAGUUUACCUGCAUUCGAUGUAUCAUGAAUUUCUGCGGAGAGUGCUCCUUGAAACACAUGCGGACAAAAUCAAAACGAGGCCAUGAAGUCAGGGCAUAUUCUUGCAACGCGACACAACAGUGUGGAUUACACCCCCCUUCUAUCUGCGAAUUUUAUUGCAAGUCCUGUUCAGCUCCGCUUUGCACUGAGUGUGUUAGUACAAACGCUCACAAACUUCACGACCUUUCAUCAAUAUCUUCCAUUGCUGCUUUCUUUGAGAAAUUGAUAUCAGAAGAAUGUUGGGAAUUACGAACGAAAGUGAAAGGCAAAUUUGAAAAACGUAUUAAAGACCUCGAGAGGAGUAUAACAGAGGUUGCUCAACAUUGCGCAAUAGCCAGGCGUAGUGUUACACAUUGGGGAGAAAAAAUGCACAGUGAAAUUGAUAAUCUCAUUAAAUCGCUUCAUCAGGAAAUUAAAGCUGCUGGAGAUGGCGCCGCAACGAUUCUAAUCGAACAAAAGGAUCUGAUGGAGAGCAAAAUAAGUGACAUAGAAGAUGCAUUGAAGAAGAAUGAGGAUAUUCUAAAGUCGGAAAACUCCAAAGAUAUCGUCAAAUUUCAGUCCAAGAUCGAUCAGCUUAGUGAGCUGCCUAGUCUGAAAAUAAUUCACCUUCCUGGAUUUGUCCCCCCAUCUGCCAAAAUCAAAUCAAAUGUAAGAAGAUUGUUUGGAGAGGCGAAAUUGUUUGUCUACCAUGCGGAUAAGAACUUCGCAAAUCCUACACAGAGCAGAACAUCAAACGAAAUUUAUUCAGAUGUAAUCCAACAACAAGGAGACUUAUUCAAUGUCCAGGAAGAUUGUGAUAUGUCAAGGACUUUCAGCACCCAGGAAGAUCGCAAUAUGUCAAGGACUUUCAGCACCCAGGAAGAUCGCAAUAUGUCAAGGACUUUCAGCGACCAGGAAGAUCGCAAUAUGUCAAGGACUUUUAGCGCCCUGGAAGAUCGCAAUAUGUCGAGGACUUUCAGCGCCCAGGAGGAUCGCAAUAUGUCAAGGACUUUAAGCGCCCAGGAAAAUCGCAAUAUAUCGAGUACUUUCAGCGCCCAGGAAGAUCGCAAUGUGUUGAGGACUCUCAGCGCCCAGAAAGAUCGCGACAUGUCGAGGAAUUUCAACGCCCAGGAAGAUCGCGAGAAGCCAAGGAAACAGCUUUCUACUUUACGUGUUCAGGAGUGUAAAGUUAAUAUACAUCCCAAACUUCUUCUAUGUCUCCUAAAGGCGAUGCCUUUUCGGGAGAAGGUAGAGAAAUUUCUUAAAGAUCUGAAGGUCAGACCGGUGUGGUCAAAAAGCAAGCGGGAUGACGAGAAAGCGUUUCUGAUACUGGAAGGUAUAAAUGUCACUGCAGAUUUAGAUGAAAUUUGGAAAAAAUCUGUCCGCCACGCACUAGGAAAAUUUCUGAACGAAUGGGAAGUUAACAGUUUUAACGUAUCUGAACAUCUUUGGGACAAAAUGAUGGAGAUGUUGAAAACUGUCUGGAUUCCAAAUCCCGAGAGUGUAGUAUGUCAGGUAGACAGAAAACAACGACAGAUCUUUGUCGUUGGCAAAGCUGAAGACGCAAUGGAAUUUACUAUGACAAUACAAAAAGCGUUAUGUGACAUGGAUGACACACACAGAUAAGUAUCGCACGAUUCUCGGUAACUAUUCACCGAGGUUGUAGCACCUACAAGAUGAAUAAGGUAUCUAUAUAUAGUCUAUAUAAAUACAAAUUGACUGCUUAAUAGGGAACACUGAAACUCCUACUUAGAAAAAGUUGACUCGAGGUUUAUCAACAUUGUAGUAUUAUACAUCAACUAUUUAUUAAACUGCGUUUGGCUUUUUAAAAAGAAAGACACAGGACAUACUUGCAAAUAAUCGAGUCUAGCACAGUUUGAUUUCAAACUACAUGCUUCGUAUAAAUAAGUACAACAAAACUAAUACAAUACUGCAGUAAUUUUUUUCUCGACCCCCCCCCCCCCCCCACCAUAAUAUGACAAGAUAUCACAACGAUAUACUUGUACUAACUUUGUUGUGCUGACAAUACAUACAAAGUCGCACAUAGUCAUCUGAGCUAUUCCAGGAUUACCAGUCCGCUCCUCUCAACUUCACCGUUUGCGGAAUUGUCAGGGAUUGGUGUCGACAGUAAACUGAAUUUUAACUAAGUCUUUGCACCAAUCAAGAUGCAGCUAACAUACGACCACGCGUAAUGUCAUGAAAUUAGUUCUGAUAAACGUAUUAUCAUUGGUUAAUAUUUACAUUCCCAAUGAAAUGGUUUUGAUAAACGUAUUAUCAUUGGUUAAUAUGAAAUUAGUUCUUUCCCAAUGUUUUUAACCUUCGAUAUCUUUACCAAUUAAAAUGAUGAUCAUUUCUUCAUGCCUGUGAACAAUGUACGUUUGAAUCCUCUUGAAUAAGGUACGACAAAUCUUCGUAAACAAGGUACGACUAUACCGCCAUUCUCUACCCAGAGUUCCGUGUAUGCGAAGCUUGCGCAACGCACCCUCUGGUGAGAGAAUGCUAUACCGCUAUUUACGCUACUCGCACUACACGUCUGUCAACAGCUUUUUACAGAAAUCUUGUAAAAGUUUCUAAUAUCCAACAUUUAUGUUUUGGACUAAAUAUUUAGUCAUACUAUGAAGUGAUUUUGGUACAAUCAAAUUGAUGCUUACUGAAGUCUUUAAAAUCACUUGUUUUCUGAUCCUAAAUUUGGAACUAUUUCGUAUAAUAUGCGUAUGAAUGCAGGGUAUUUAUAUGGUGGAGAUGGAAUCAAAAGUAAGAAAGGCUGUAAAAAAAAAAUACGAUAAAACUUGUAAAAUAAGAGACAACUGGAUGGUUAAAAUUGUACUUAACAAAGUGCCACUGGGCUAUAAAAAGAUCCUGAUGUAUCACCUGUUGCCAGAACUUUUAAAGGAAUGACUGUUUAUAUCAUGUGAUUAUAUUGUCACGUCAUUCCAAGCGUUGACAAAGGUGUAAGUGAAGUUUGGGUAACACGCCCUCUGGUGAGAGAAUGCUAUACGACUGGGAACAUUCAGACAGAAAUGAAAGUAAAACGUGAAAACAGAAAACAAAUUUCACUUUUGAAAAUAAAUGAGGGUAUGAACAGCAAAGCUUCACACCAGCGCAUACUUUUCAUUAAGUAUGCUGGCGUACAGCGUCGCAGUUCAUGCCCUCGUGUAUUUUCAGAAUCUUUUGAAAAUAUCUUAGAGCUGUUAUGCAAAUGAGCAUGAUUCAAUUCUCCGAUAGAGACGCUCUGCGUUAUCAGAACCAAUGAAUAGAAAAUGAGGUACUCUUUAUCGUCAUAAUGGCUAACUUCCUUUAAAAACAUUGUUGAAAAUAUAAAAUAUAUCAGCAAUAUUUGUUUAUUCAUUUAAAAUAUCAUUGCCUAGCAGAGUAGGUCAGCACGUCGACUACUGAAUGGUAGAUCGCGAGUUCGAGCCCAGUAGGGUUUUAAAAUAUCAUUGCACAUAUCCUCCACUUUUCAUCCAUAUCAAAUUUCUCUGGUGUAGCAUUCCUCCUUAAGAAUUUACAGGGGGGGGGGGGGGGGGGGUCGUCACAUACGCGCCGCUGAAGGAGUUGCUUAUUUCUGUUGUAUAAAUAUGUUUGCUGGGGGUAGUUUCCAGGAGUGAUUCAUUCUUUUCUCUAACCUGAUAGACUUGGGCCCUACCUGCUGCCAACUAGAUUAUAGAUGUACAUGCUUUACAUAUAGUGUUUUGUUAUGUAUCGUGGAUGUUCCUAUUCAACUUACAUGUGUAUUGCAUUUUGUUUAUUGACAGAAAUUUACGUUGGUAUUUUACAGCGUGAUUUCAGCAAUUUGAACUGUUCUUCCUGACAAUCUUACAUGUGAUAAACUGUGACAUAUUUGUUAGAACAAUUGAUUUUAAUAUUUAACUUUUACUGCCUUCGAUCAAUAAACAAUUUUCUACAUA